AUGGAUACAUUGACUGCAAUUCAGAAUUUGGCAGGGAUGAAUGAUUUUGCGUUGAGGAUUUUUCGAAAUCCAUCGAAAUUGGAUGAUUUUAGUGAGUUUGUGCAAGUGCGCUCUAGCGAACAUAUCGAUUUUUAUUUUAAAAUUGUUUGGUUCCCUUCGAACACAUUGUUUUAUUUUUGAAAUUUCAAUUUAUCUAAUGGCUAUUUAUUUUACCUUUCUUAUCUUUGUUGCUCCGCGGAUUUAUCCAGUAAUCCCCCGCUUUUUUGAGCCGAUUUGUGUUGCUCGUCGCAGGUAAAAUCCAUGAAGAGACGCAGAAAGUCAGAGAGUUUUAAGAAGAUUUACCUACCCUAAACUGGCUCUUCUCUUUCUUUUUCAUAUUUUUCAUAAUUUUUUUCGAUGUAACAAAAAAAUAAUGGAGAGAGGUAUUUGGGGUUUUUGGGGAGAAUUCCAGAAAAAUAUAUCUAGAUUUUUUAGAAUAUUCUUCGGAUGAUUUCGAAGUUCCACCAGGAUUUCCAGUCACUGCGAAAUUGGUGGAAUUUCGAGGACAACAAGUCGCAGCUUUUGAUAUUGGAAAUAAAGAGAUGAUUUGUUUACCACAGGUCAGUUUUGUAAUAGGAACGGGCGCGGCCGAAUUGGAUUUCUAGGCCACCAAAAAAACUUUGGAGAAAAAUAAGUUUAGGGUAUAUAUCUCAAAAAUAGAGUAAGCGUAAAAAAUAGAGGAUUAUCCUUGUUUACUAUAUUUCUGACGUGUUAUUUUCUCAGUAGAAGAAGUUUGAAAUACGGUAGAUUUAUUUUGAAAAAAAUCUUCUCUUUAAAAUUUGUUCCGAUUUUUUCCAAAACAAUUUCCCAAAAAAUCCACGUGGCUUCAAGUUUCAACCACCAAUGUCUUCUUCCUUUUUUGGUGUCAAAAAUAUCUCUCACCCACACAAUUUUAUCAAUUUUUUUGAUGUCCAAAAAAUCUGGAUAAUCCUUCAAAUUUUUGACGCAAAACUGGGAUUUUUUGAGGUUUAUGAAUUGUUUUUGAAAAAUAUGGUUGGCGGUUUGCACACGGUUUAUACAAAACUUCGAAGAUUAGACAUAAAUCCAUUGAUUUGCAAUGUUGAACAAGUUCGAGCACUUCGAAGUUUGGGAGCAAUUCAACCUGGUGUAAAUCGAUGUAAACUUAUUGAAUCCACAGAUUUUGAUAAAUUGUAUGAAGAUUGUACAAGCACUUGGUAAGAUUAAAAUCUAGACACUGAUAUAAAAUAAUCCAAUCUAUUUUUCUAGCACCCGCCCAGGCCGCCCAUCAAAACGUGGCUGUGGUGGAUAUGAUGAUCUAUGGAUGGUGAAUCCACCAACAAUUAAUAUUAAAAAAGAGAAAAUUGAGGAAAUUGCUGAAUCGUCUUCUUGUUCAACAUCUGGAUCCGCUUCAAAUUCUUCAGUUUUCAAUCAACUUUUGCCACAAUUUACGACACAGCAACUUAUUAUGCAACAUUUUGUUGCGCUUUCACAGCAACAACAACAACAAAGAGAGCAGAACAAAGAAGAGGAGGAUGGCAAUUUUGAGGGGUAACAUUUAUUAGAAGUUGAAAAAAAGUAUCAUUUUAAAAAAUUGCAGAAUUCAAAAUUUUAUGGAUAAAAGUUAUGAAGAUAUUGAAUUUUAAUUACAAAAAUCAGCUUUUCGGUUACUGUAGCUCGUGGAAAACGUUUUUUUUUUCAAAAUUUAAAUUCUGGUCCUACAUUUUAGUUGGAAAGAUUUUGAUUUUGUGUGUUUAUUUCAAGAAAGCUACAGUAAUAAAAUGAGCUAAGCUGAAAUUAUGCCACGUCAUAGCUUCAAUGUUUUAUGUAAAUAUUUUUUUUCUAGUUUUAGUUUCCGGAACUGAAAUUCCCCUGAGAACUCGAAAUGUUUCCAAUUAAAAAUUGAAAGUUUCUGUUUUUUGAACUUCCAAUAACAUUUUGUGGAAGUUUUUCUGUUUUCACCGAAUUUUUUCAGACCUGUUGAUGGCGGUGGAACACCUUUGAAUUUGAGCAAAAGCGGUUCUGGAUCCGGAAAUUCAGAAAACAAUGAUUCUGAUUCGAUGGAGAAUAUGAGAAAAGAAGAUGUGGGUUUGAAUUUGGGAUGAUCGGAAUUGAGUUGGAAUCAGAACUUCAACUUCCAAAAUUCGUAUCGCGACUAGCCUCGCCUUAAAAGCCUCUAAAUAAAAACCAAAAACAAAAAUGUUUGUAGAGUUCCCCAAACAAUUCAAUGAGUGAUCGAGAUCGAGCUGGCUCGAAUUCAAAUUCGAUGUCUGUCGAAGGAAGUAGUAGUAAUCGCGGUGACACAAAUCUGAUGAAUAAAAUAUUGUCGCUGAUUGAAAUCACUUCGGAACAAUUCAAACAUGAACGACAAGAAUUGUGGAGGGAACGAAGUUGGUUUCAAAAAUGUGUUUUUCAGAAAAAAAAAUCGUGCAACUGAAUUUUCAGACGAGAUUCAACUUCUACGCGAAAGUUUUCACAAAAUUGUGCAGGAAGAGAGGGAUUUGAGAGUGAAAUUAGAGAAUCAGACGAGAAAAUGCGGUAAAUAAAGGGGGGAUCUAAAAUUAAAAUGUAUUUCAAAAAAUUCAGGUUCUUAUGAGCGACGCUUCAAAUACAUGCAACAACAAUUAUUGUUGGCGAGAGGCGAACUUCGAAGAAAUCGCAAAAAAUCGAGGAAAAAUGAAAAGGCAGAGGGAGAUAAUCAAGAACCUUGUGAAUAG